AUGUUGAAGAUAUUUGAUAAUAGGUAUGAAAUUCCUGACCAGAGCUACUUUUCACGUACAGCAGUACCAGAGCUUUAUGCUAUCACUAGAAGAAGAGUGGCAGAGCAAGUGGCAGCUGUAAGAUAUUUCGCUAGUACCACUGACUUAUGGUUAAGCAUUGAUCUUACGCCAUUCAUUAGCUAUACUAUUAUGUUUGUGACAGACAAUUUGGAACUAGAAUGUCUGUCACAUUGUAAUAGCUACCUUCCCCAAGAUCACACUGGUGAGAUCAUUUCUGAUAUGUUAGAAGCAAGUUUAGAAGAAUGGAGCUUCAAAUCAUCACAACAAGUUUGUAUUACCACUGAUAAUGCUGCGAACAUUAAACUUGCUGCAGAGAAUUUGGGAUGGACUCAAUUGUCUUGCUUUGGACACAACCUUCACCUUGCCAUUACCAAAGCUAUAGCUAAAGAUAACAGGUCUUCUAGGGCUCUAGGGAUAGCUCAAAAAAUUGUAAGUGCUUUUUCUGUACGCUGGAAACGAUGA